UCCUCGUCCCCUCUCUUCCCUCGCUGCAGUUUUAACUCAUCUCCAUCAAUGCAGUCAUCCUUUUUUGUUUUGCUUGUUGCUUUGGAUAUCUGCGUUGCUUUCUCAUUCUCCCUAUUCCAGGAUCCAAGGAUUUAUUUGUUGAAAAAAAUAAUCCCAAAACAUGGAUUGCCUUGUUUGACUGAGGCAAAAGGGGCUUUUUUCAAAAGCCAACGCUAAAAACCGGGACUCCAACUGGGACUUUAUUUUUGUUGGUUUGCUGCUACAGUGGAUUCCCCACCUUUUGUUGAACUUCCAGGGUCUUGGUCAGAGUGAAAGACGUGGACUUAAAGACAAAGGCUUAGGAUCCUGUACAGUUUUUGAGGAGUAGUUAGAAAAACCAAGGUUGCAUCAAGCACUUGUGGAGAAGGUAUUAUCUCAGUAACAAGUUUAUGGGAUAAUUGAAAGGUGCACUGAUUGAUUUUGAGACCCCUCUCUGCAAGUGUGGCCACAAGGAUGUCUGAGGAGUGGAAGUGAGUGGAUCUCUGAGUUUGUCAGCUGGCCUCUCCUUACUCCUAGAGUGUCCUUUCACCCAUACCCAGGGGAUUCUGACAUUUAACCUGUCUACCAGAUCCUGGAUGUUUUUGCAUUUUGUUUUGUUUGUGCAACUUGCAGUCCAGUAACUCUGAGAGGCAAGCUCGUACUUUUUGGAUUUAAGCCUUUUCUGCGUGACGGAGACAUUUUGGCACGCUUUGUUUGACCAAAUUCUAGUAAUGCCUUAUAAACAGAUUCUCCCCCCACUGCCGUAUGCGCUGAAAGAGCUGUGACAUUAUCUGCUGUGGACAUCCCGCUGUUAUUGUAGCAUGUGUCUGUGUUUUGAUUCGGACAAUAGCUAGACAUACAUGGGCUUCAGAGGCUGACAGAGAACCACCAAAAUAGGGAAAGCCUCCUCUAUUAUUCACCGCAAAUUGAAACUUUGAAUUAAACUGAAGAGCCAGUCCUUAUAAGGCUCUUUAAAAUAAUCUAAGCUUUUUUCUUUUUGGAAGAAAAAGGAAGCAUGCUCUCAGUUUUGUCCCGUAACCUUGCGCGGUUUCCUUCUUCAAGUCUUCUGUGCUCUCUGCCCCUGUGGUGACUACUUAAAAUCCCCAGCCUCCUGGUGGCAACUCUCAUUAAAAUCAUGCGAUGAGGCCAGAGAUCGGGGCUCCAAACCAGCAGGGAACCUCGCCUCUGGGAUCGAUGCUGGUAGCGGGACUAAUGCUACUUCACUUUUGGUUGAAUCCUUUUUCCUAUUCCACAGACUGCCAUCACCAGCCAUGCUCAAUUUGAAAGAAGAGAGAAACAAGUUGCCAUUCUGUUUCAGAGACCAUACUGAUUUUCCUCCAGUCACCAUUCACUUGAUUGAGACCCAGCAAUGUGAGGGUAUGCUGAGCAAAAGCACAGGUGUGCUUGAGAGAAUAAUACGCUUUUUGAACUGAGGGGUGGUGAAAAACCAGAGGGACACAGGCAGAUCUCCAGUUUCAAGUCAGUCUGCUUAUGGGUGGCAUACAACAAAUCUGACUCACCUACACCGAGAAAAUGAACCACUCUGAACUGACAACACAUUCUACGCUCACUGCCAACAGCAGCGAUGGAGACAUCUUUUUUGGCUCCAACCACUCCUGUCCUUUGGGAUGGGGGUUGAAGGAAGGCGUGGAGGCCUGCAUAUUGGAGACUGUUGUCAUCGUGCUUUUGACGGUUCUCAUUAUCGUCGGGAACCUGACGGUGAUCUUCGUGUUUCACUGUGCCCCUCUGCUGCAUCACUACACCACAAGCUACUUCAUCCAGACCAUGGCCUACGCUGACCUGCUGGUUGGUCUCAGUUGCCUUGUGCCCACCUUGUCUCUGCUACACUACCCAGCUGAUGUCCAGGAACCAAUUACUUGCCAGGUUUUCAGCUACGUCAUCUCUGUUCUGAAGAGCGUCUCAAUGGCCUGUUUGGCCUGCAUCAGUGUGGAUCGUUACCUAGCCAUAACUAAACCACUAUCAUACAACCAACUGGUGACGCCAUGUCGACUACGAGGCUGCAUCGCCAUCAUUUGGGUUUACUCCAGUCUGGUUUUCUUGCCCUCCUUCUUUGGUUGGGGUAAGCCAGGAUAUCACGGGGAUAUAUUUGAAUGGUGUGCUCACUCUUGGCCCACCUCGGCCAUUUUCACUGGCUUCGUAGUGUGCUUUCUUUACGCACCCGCCGCACUUGUCGUCUGUUUUACCUAUUACCAUAUCUUUCGCAUUUGCCAACAACACAACAGGGAGAUCAGUGAACGACGGGCCCGGUUCCCCAGCCAGGAAAUGGAACCCGGGGAGGGGAAUGGCGGUGGGCAUCACGGAGGGCACGGACCAGAUCGACGCUACGCCAUGGUGCUGUUCCGCAUCACAAGUGUUUUCUAUAUGCUUUGGCUUCCUUACAUAAUCUACUUUCUUCUAGAGAGUUCCCACGUGUUAGAUAUCCCUGCCCUGUCAUUCAUCACCACCUGGCUAGCCAUUAGCAACAGCUUCUGCAACUGUGUCAUCUACAGUCUGUCGAACAGUGUGUUUCGCUUGGGCAUGCGCAGACUGUCACAGACUAUGUGCUCUUUCAGCCACUGUGGUGCAGACGAAAGGGAUUUUGGGGAGCCCAAGCCGAGAAAAAGAGCAAACUCAUGCUCCAUCUGAGUGAUUGCUUUGUUAACGGGGUUAAAAUUCUCCUUAAAAAGUUCAUUUUCAGUGGAAAAUCUGGAAACGCCUUUCUGUUUUGUCAAACAAUAAUCUUGGCUCGCUCAAAAUAAAAUGGUGACUGGGGUUUUCAAGGAGACAGAUACAGUGUCUAGACUGAGAAUAUUAAUGAGAGGUGGGCUUUCUGUGAUGGAUUUUAUUAUACCGCACCACAGAGGCUUACUCAGGCCUUUACAUUAUGCCAGGCCGAGAACAUCCCCAAAAAUGAACAAUUAAACAUCCCAUGUCUAAUUUUACAUUAGUGCUUGCCAAACUUUUAUUUAUACUUGUCACUUAAUCCAUGAUCAUGUUUAUUUAAAUAAAGUUUAAGGUUCCUCAUUAACAUCAGACAUACUUACAGACACAAACAGUGACCAUGAAAACAGCAGCUGAAACAUAUUAAAGUACAUAAUCAUAACUGUUUUAUUUAUUCAUUUAUUUAUUUAUUGAGGAAAAUAUCAUUUUUCUAGUUAUUUAGUUUGUUUUCCUUUGUCCACUGAUCUGACUGUUGACAUCAGCGCCUUAACAAAGUUAUCAAUGCAUUUGAUUUAUUUAUUUUGUUUAUUUUUAAUCUGAUUAUUAGCUAGAAAUGGAAAAAAGCUUUUUUCCCCCCAAAUGUAAGGACAGUCGACCAGAUGUAUGUUGUGUUUUUUUGUGUGUUUUUUUAGAGUGAUGUGUUGAAGAUGGUAGUGGAAUUUAUUUCGGAGCAGCCAAGUGUGGGGUUUUAGAUUAAUGUAAUCUGAUGUAAUUUGAAACUUAUGUAAGGAUAAAUCUCAUCUGAAAUUAUAUGCCCAUUUGUGUAAAUGUUCAAGGCUGCAGGAACACGGUCGUGUGUUGUAGACCUGAGCAUUGAACAGUACUCUAUUAUUCUUUUUGUUUUGUUUUGGGGGGUUUUUCUUAUUGUUUUACACUGUCUUCUUAAUAGUGCUCUUAAUCAUUGAAAGAUGACACAAAGGUUGGUGGAGAUGAAAAUGAGAUAAAACUCGCAUCCACGUAAUAAAAUUAAAGCGUUUUACAAUUUUCAAUCUGAUACUGAUAGUUUGCAAAGAAAAAAAAUUAAAACUGUAGUUCUUUGCUUUAAUUUUAGUUACUUUUUCUAUUUUGCCAAAGCCUGGCUGAAAACUAUUUCAGCCUCUUAAGUUUAUAGACGUAGCAUCACAAAAUAUGAAAAAAGGUUCGAGUGUAAAUUAUGGGAGGAACCAACACAAAGCUGUGGAAAAUGGAGGAACAUAAACAUGAAACAUGGUUUCCAUUGUUGCAUUCAUUUUUAUUCAGACUUCCUGAGUUGCCAUUUUAUAGAGCAACAAUUCACUGUAAUUAGAGCUGCAAAUUUUUUAGAGUUCGUCUAAAAAAUUACCAGUGGAGACUCAAGUUCUUCUCCUUUGUCUUUGCAAAAUAGCUCAAACUUAGUGAGGUUGGUUCGAGAGUAUCUCUGGACAUAAAUAUUCAAGUCUGGUCAGUGUCUCUUCGCUGAUUUCAGGUCAGUUCUUGCUGGUCCAUUACAUACAAAAAGGUUUUGAAAGCUCCUCAUUGCAGGUCUGGAUGUAACUUAAGUUAACUGACCUUCUCUUAAAUCUUUUCCUGCCUGAACUUUAUUAUAUUUAUUUGGCUCCAUUCAUCGAGUCAUAAAUUGCAAAAAGCUGUCCCUGCUAAAGACAUUCAUCCCCACAGCAUAAUGCCACUCCAACAAUAUGUCAUUGUUGAUACGUUGUGCAGUCCAAGUUCAUCCUUAGUCUCUUCUGACUGUUCUUCCUCAUGCCGUUUGCUCUACAUGACUGAUUGCAAACUUUAAGCAGAAUAUCUUAUGGUGUUUCUUUAAUUUCUUAUUUCCCAUUGUCCAUCAUGGCCAGAUUCUCCACAGAUGUCCAACUUGAGCUUGUGGCAUUAAACCUCUGAAUUUAUUUGUAUUUAUACUCCUACAUACUAAUUAGGUGCCUUCUCAUCCAGUUUGAUUAAAUCUGUAAGUAUUCUGCUUAUAAAAUGAAAGAUAAUGUAUGCAUCAUCUUUUAUUGAUUCUACAACCAUUACCUUGUGCUGGUGUAUCCCCUAAAAAAUACAUCGAUGGAUUUAGGUGUAACAUGUUAAAAUAGGUAAAUGUUCAUGGGUAUGGAAGAUUUUGUAAGGGACAGGAUGCAAGCUUCAAAUAAAAUGAAAAGCAGCAUUCAGUUUUCAUUCUCAUCUGUUGGUUAAGAGCAAAAAUAUUCCAGUUUCAGCCCUGAUCGGCCACUUCCUGAUAAAAAAUAAUUAAUGUUUCCAAUAGAGCUUCUCUCUAUUGAAGUACCAUACUCUCACAUUAAUGUUUGAGCCUUAAUAUUUUAGGUACUUUUUGGGAUUAUUUUAGUGUUUAAUAAGAAAAGCAACAGAGGACAUGUGUCCCUUUAGGGUUGUGUUUUUCCCAUUUGCUAUUCUUUGCAGCUUGCACUGUGUUUUUCUUGUUUUAAAGAUGCUUUCUAACAUCGUUGUAUGUUAAAAAGAAGAUUACAUUCAUACUUCUUAGGAGUCAGUGUGACUUGGUUUUUAAGACAGGAUUUGGUAAAUCGUAAUGUGGCUGGAAACGUUUGUUUCUUGUAGCUUAAUGAUCUACCGCCUUCAUCUCUGUUUAAAAUAAUGAAAGGCGAAUUCCUGUGAAGCUACAAAUUGUUUUUCAUUCAGCUUUAAUGCACUACACGUUGUUCUGCUUAUGUGCCUAAAAAUGGUUGUUUUAUAGGAAAUGGAUGUUUAGAAAUGAUGAACAUGAAAUGCUGCAUUUUUAAAACCACCCUGAACAUAUUCAACGACCAUUGGACUUUCUUUGCCAUGACUUUGUGAUAACUACAGUGACAACCACUGAAAAUAUGAGUUGCUUUUCAUCUUUGAUUUCUCUCUGUCUCAUCUGUGGUAGAUUUCCCCUUUGUAGCUAAACUGCCUGGUCUAUAUAAAAAUAACAAAGGGAAGGACCAACAAAUACUAGCCUCAUAAUACGCAUUUGACUUUAUUGGGAUGCGUUUUUGGUGUUGCUUUUUAGGUGAAAAUUAGGUCAGGAAGAGCAAAUGUGCUGAUCAGUUCUGUAAAAACUUAAUGUGGUAAAAACUCAUAGACAGAAAAAGAAAAGUUUCUUUUAAAGUAAACUCAUACAGUUCAUUUGUUAACAAAAUUGACCUUGUUUACUGAAAUUGCAGAUUAUUCUUCAUCUGGUAUGAUUUGUUUUGUUACAGGGAAUGUCAAAAAUUUCAAAAGAUAUCCAAAAAGACAAAAAAACAAUAAGUUAAUGUUUCUGUACGGCACUGAACAAACCACAGUGGUAGCAAGUCAAAAACUGUAACAUGUUGUAAACAAAUCCUCUUGAUUUCAUGUGCAUUGAUAGUAACAUUUGCACACGACUAUAAAUUAGAGGGUGAUAGAUAUUUAUUAAUAAAGUGGUUUAUAAAUAUUUACACAGUAUAAUGUAUAUGGGAAUACUAUAUGUAAAGUGUGUGUAACUUGUUUUUACUCUGCUGUGAUCCUCACUUUUCAUAGAGAGAUAAAGCAAGGUAUUUGUGCAUCUAUUUGUGUUAAAACAACCUCUAUAGGCUGCUGCUGUUUUGAGUAGAAGGUGAGUUUGUUAAAUUACACAAUAUAUAUUUUUUUAUUUUGAAACUGUGUCAAAAAGACUAUGGUUUUGCUGUUACUGCUGAACCAAAUAAAAGUAAAAAAAAAAUAGUUGACGUACACUCUCCAUGUUGUUGACGUUAUUUGUUCUCUUAUUUUCAAAAGGAGCAGUUAUUGAUAUCUUUCUCCAAACAUCUAAGAACAAGAAUAAUGUGUUUCUUGUUUUAAAUCCAAUAAUAGAUAAACAUUUUAUUGAUUUAGUGACAACCUCUCUUUAUGUGAUUAUUUGGAGUAUUCUGCAGAACUGUUUGGACUGAGCAAGUCAUUCUCCACACCUCAGCUCCACAGGCUUUGCAUUUUACCUACUGAGAGGAAACUGAGGGGAUUAACCCCCCAAGAAACAAGCAGCAAAUGCCAGAAGCCCUGGUGAAAGCCUGCAUAUUAUUGUGAUUGCAGCGGCUCGUCCAGA